AAUCAAGCUGUAGAAUGCAUUCAAAAAAGUUGGGACGCUUAGCAAAAAGAACGGCCUUCUAAUUGUGGCACGAAUCACGUACAGGACUCAGAUCAGGUCCAGGACCAUGGCGUCAUUUGUAUGCAGCCGGGGAAAUUUCGCGACAUCUACAGUAGUGGAAAAGCCGAGCAGCGGUUAGGUGGAAACUACAAGGCGCAGCGAUUCCAAACCAGCAGCCAAAAAACAACCAAAAUCGGCCAACUGAGGGUCAGUGAGACCCGAGAUUCCAGUCCAAAAACGCACUGAAGAUGAUGAGUGCCGGUGGAACGUACAUCUCUACCGCCAGUGUGGAGGUGCCGCAAGCUCUUCAAGAUGGCGAAAAAUUUAUUCGAUGGGACGAUGACUCGGGCAAUGGAACACCGGUUACAAUGCGUGUCGAUGCGAAGGGCUUCUUUCUCUACUGGGUCGAUCAGAACAAUGAGCUGGAUAUCCUGGACAUAGCCACAAUUCGCGACGUUCGGACCGGGCAGUAUGCCAAGCGGCCAAAGGACAAUAAGCUCCGUCAGAUUGUGACGCUGGGCCCGCAGGACACGCUGGAGGAGAAGACGGUGACGGUGUGCCACGGCUCGGAUUUCGUCAACAUGACUUUCGUCAACUUUUGCUGCACUCGGCGAGAUAUAGCCCAGCUCUGGUCGGACGGACUCAUCAAGUUGGCCUACAGCCUGGCCCAGCUCAACGGGUCGGCAAUUAUGUUCCUGCAGAAGGCCCACACCAAACUGUGUCUGCAGGUGGACAAGAGCGGUCGCAUACCAGUGAAAAACAUCAUAAAACUUUUCGCCCAGAACAAGGAGGAUCGCAAACGUGUCGAGAAGGCGCUGGACGUGACUGGUUUGCCGUCGGGAAAGGUUGAUAGCAUAUCGGUGACCAAAUUUCAGUUCGAGGAUUUUUACAAUUUGUACAAAUAUCUGACGCAGCGCUCGGAAGUGGAACGACUCUUUGACAGCAUUGUGGGCAACUCAAAACGCAAGUGCAUGUCCAUCGCCCAGUUGGUUGAAUUCCUGAACAAGACGCAGCGCGAUCCCCGGCUGAACGAGAUCCUCUACCCGUACGCGAAUCCCGCUCGCGCCAAGGAACUCAUCCAGCAAUAUGAGCCAAACAAAUUCAACGCACAAAAGGGCCAGCUCAGCCUGGAUGGCUUUUUGAGGUACUUAAUGGGCGACGACAAUCCCAUUAUGGCGCCCAACAAGCUUGAUCUCUGCGACGAUAUGGACCAGCCGAUGUCGCACUACUUCAUCAACUCCUCGCACAAUACCUACUUGACAGGCCACCAGCUGACGGGCAAGUCCUCCGUCGAGAUAUACAGGCAGUGCCUCCUAGCGGGAUGCAGAUGCGUUGAGCUUGACUUUUGGAAUGGUCGUACCGAGGAGCCGGUCAUUGUUCACGGCUAUACGUUCGUGCCCGAGAUUUUUGCUAAGGACGUGUUGGAGGCCAUCGCAGAGAGUGCAUUUAAAACAUCAGAAUACCCUGUGAUAUUGAGUUUUGAGAACCAUUGCAACCCAAGGCAACAGGCCAAAAUAGCCAACUAUUGUCGUGAAAUAUUUGGCGAUAUGCUUCUCGACAAGCCGCUGGACUCUCAUCCACUGGAACCGAACAUGGACCUGCCACCACCGGCGAUGCUUCGGCGCAAGAUUAUCAUCAAGAACAAGAAAAAGCACCACCACCACCACCACCAUCACCACCACAAAAAGCCGGCACAGGUGGGCACGCCGGCAGCCAGCAACAAACUGACUACGGCCAAUUCAGUGGAUGCCAAGGCGGCAGCAGCACAAGUGGCUUUGGCGGCCGGUCAAGAGGACGGAAGCGUGACCAGGAGCACCGCCAACGGGGAUAUUGCCACGGGAACAGGAACCGGAAGUGCACCUGGGACAGCAGGACAUGCGCCGCCAUUGCAACAAAUCCGCCAGAGCUCCAAAGACAGCACCGGAUCCUCCGAUUCGGACAGCUCAUCGGAAGACGAAUCCCUGCCCAACACUACGCCCAAUCUGCCAAGUGGCAACGAACCUCCCCCAGAAAAGGCUCAGAAGGAAACAGAGGCCGGGGCAGAGAUCUCAGCUUUGGUCAACUAUGUUCAACCCAUCCACUUCAGCUCCUUUGAAAAUGCAGAAAAAAAGAACCGCUGCUAUGAAAUGUCCUCGUUCGAUGAAAAGCAAGCGACCACCCUGUUAAAGGAGCGACCGAUUGAGUUUGUGAACUACAACAAACACCAGUUAUCCCGUGUCUAUCCGGCGGGAACACGCUUUGAUAGUUCCAACUUUAUGCCGCAGUUGUUCUGGAAUGCGGGAUGUCAACUUGUUGCUCUCAACUUCCAAACCCUCGAUCUGGCCAUGCAACUGAACUUGGGAAUUUUCGAGUAUAACGCCCGGUCUGGUUAUCUACUUAAGCCGGAGUUUAUGCGGCGAUCCGAUCGCAGGUUGGAUCCCUUUGCAGAAAGCACUGUGGAUGGCAUCAUAGCAGGCACUGUCUCGAUCACGGUAUUAUCCGGUCAGUUUCUCACGGAUAAGAGGGCCAACACUUUUGUGGAAGUGGAUAUGUACGGGCUGCCAGCGGACACGGUGAGGAAGAAGUUCCGCACCAAGACAGUCCGGGAUAAUGGAAUGAAUCCUGUUUAUGACGAGGAGCCGUUUGUGUUUAAGAAAGUGGUUCUUCCAGAAUUGGCGAGCAUCCGAAUUGCAGCUUAUGAAGAGGGAGGCAAACUUAUUGGUCAUCGGGUUUUGCCUGUAAUUGGCCUUUGUCCUGGGUAUCGACAUGUUAAUCUUCGAUCAGAGGUGGGACAACCAAUAGCCCUUGCCUCCCUUUUUCUUUGCGUGGUAGUCAAGGAUUAUGUGCCUGAUGAUCUCUCCAACUUCGCCGAGGCCCUGGCUAAUCCAAUUAAAUACCAAAGUGAGCUGGAGAAGCGCGAUAUUCAGCUGUCUGUCUUGACAGACGAAGCUGAAGCGGUGAGCAAUGCGGACGAGGAUCUCUCCAAGUCGUUCGUUUUCGUCCAAGUAGGUGGUCAGAAAAAGGAGCUGCGCCCAGUAGAAUCGCUAGCCACUUCGCCAAAACACAGGCCGAGUAUCUCGGCAACGGCGGUGAUGAGCGUGGAGGCUAGCAUGGAUCGCACCGAUGGCGGUAGGGGUGAGGACAGCGUCUCCAUUGUGGCACCCUCCAUUCAGCACCAGCACUCUCUGGAUCAGUCCGUAAGCACCUCCAUUCGCCAGGUCGAAUCCUCGCAGUUUGAUGUGGACCUUGUGCUGGCUGAACCGCUGGAGAAGAUCUUGGACCACAAGACCGUGAAGGAGAAGCGUCUCGAAAUGGAAAAGAAGCUAGAGUCGUUGCGCAAGAAGCACGACAAAGAGAAGGUCAAGAUCGCCGGCCAGAAAUCCAGUCCGAUGGAGGGCAAGAAGCCAAAGUUUGCCAUCACCAACAAGCUUGUGAAACGGCUGAGCAACAAGAGUCUUAAUUGUCUUUCUCCGCACAGUGAGCCCGGUAUAGAGAUUCCCGCCUGCCCUCUGGAUCUGGGCGAUAGCAGUGAGGAGAGUGCAGCCGCUGAUGCUGGGGAGGACUUGGCCGGUGGGAGCAGCACCCUGGAUAGCAGCACUCAAGAGUCACGAUUACGCAGUGCCUGCCGCGAUUACACGUCUCAGUACCGUGAGCUGCAGGAGAAAUACCAUGAUGCUAUAUACACUGCAGCUGAGAAGGUCUUAAAGACGUCGCAGUCUAGUCAGACAAAGCAGCUAAAAGCGUCGCUGGACAAGGUCACCGGCGAGGUGAUGCACCAGCUCCAGGAGGCGCGCCGCAAUGAAGUCAAGAAUCUGGCUACCGUGCAUCGGGAUCGGGAUGAGCUGAUAAGAAUGAAACGAGAAGUGGCUAGCUCCGUGGUGGAACGCGGCGUAGCGGAGCGGGUACGUCUGAAGCAAACCUUUGAUAGGCGUACGGAUGAACUGCAGAAGCAGCACGAAUCAGUUCGCAAUGCCUUGACAGAACACCGCUCCAAGGCUCGUCAAAUCCUCGACAAGGAGGCGGAAUCGCGUAGCUGCGUGUCAAGCAAUGGCUUCCUAGUUCUUUUCCGCGGGCCACACCACCACGGCUGCUCGGGCUCCGGUUCGUCUGCCAUUUCUGGCAAUAAUCUCACACUAAAUUUGGAUGCAGGGGCUUCCGGUGGCCAUUCGGUUAUAUCGCCAGCCAAGUCGCACAACAGCAUCUCCGCAGCAGCGGAGAUGAAGACGUAAACGGGCCUUGCCCUUACGAUUUUUUCUUCCCGCCCCAAUCCUUAGGAUUAAAUGUGGUUCAACAGUUGUUAGUCUUCAGUAUUCACAGCAGAAAAAUAGAAUUGAAAAAGUCUUCUUAGAAUUUAAGCAACUGAGGAGUAGACCCUACACUCCCACACCUUUUGAACGGGAACUGACCUCGAUCUAGAUCUAAGGGCCUUCGGACUUGUAAACCCCACUACUGAGGGUAAUCCAAGCGAAACGCGUUUUCUAACUGAACAAACUAGACGUAAUCUAUCACAUGUAUGAUGUACUUGUAGUGUAACUGUUAACGUAUCCGUACUUUACAGUACUUUAUCGGUAAACUGUGACUAUCGUUGUUAAUCUAUGAUGGAUGUAAAUCCAUUAGUCCAUCGAACCCUCGUCAAGCCGUACGGUUUCUUCCUAUUCGAACUUCGCUGAAACUCUGAGUGUCUAAUUAAGCAAGCAAACGUAACAGAAGCUGAAACUAAGUAUAAUUUAUUUGUCUAUACGAAGGAGGUCUAGUGCUCCAUUUAUCUAAUGCUAAUUGUGGUUGUGUGUAUUUUACAUCAGUUUUAAUCGAUCUAAUUUAUACUAUAAGUUUAAGGCUCUUGCACAAGCUUUGGAAUGAAUCUCGUGCACACAUAAGGCGGACGUGUAAGCGAACGUCUGAGCACAAGUCUAGACCAACAAUUAGUCAAUUAUUAUUUGGUUGGUUGCUAUUUAUUCUUGAUUUAGUCACUACUCUUACGUUUUUAUAGUUGUUAGCAGGUUCCAAUAAAUUUCUAUUCAGAAUUAA